AUGUAUCUUCUUCUACACUGCAAAUGGUCGUGGUUAUUGGACAAGUCCGAGGAUGAGAAGCCCAAGGACAAAUCCGAGUCCAAACCAUCAAAGAGAGAUGACAAAGGCAAUGAGAAAGAUUGGAAAGCCAAAUUCUACAUGUGCGACAGACAACAUUGUAUGUGUAAGUGUUUAAAGAAUAAGGGUGCGAUGAUAGCUCGACUUGACUCUGAGGAGAAGGAUAACAAGGAAGAACCUGGGGAGAGGUGUAUAUGA